CCGCCGAACUGCGAGACCAGCGAGUUCCAGCGAAUUCCAGCGAAAUCACAGUUGGCAUUUUCAGAAAAUGUAUUCAGUGCAGGGGCGACAUUCGCAGCGGCAACGAAAGCGACAGCCAUAGCACACACACACAAACCCACACACACACGCACACUCUUUCACCUGGCGCACACACACAUUCUCAGAAUCGCAGAUCAGCAGAUACACGGAUACACGGAUAAACGGAUACCCACACAAUCGCAAAUCCCGAGAAGUUCGAAGGAAAGUGGCAGGAACGAAGAAAAGAAAAGAAAAGGAAAGGAAUAGCAAAUCCUGUACAUCUGUGCAUCUGUGUGUGUCUGUGUGCACGCCGGAAAUGGCCAAAUUAGUGACUUACAUCUUCAUCGUCAGCUCGCUGGUCCUCUGGUACCUCCUGCUCUUCGGAGGCAGGGGCGUGCGGGGCGUGGAGGCCACCAACGGACACGGGGGGCAGCUGGAGGGGCGGGACUUUCACCACCACGGCGGCAGUCAUCACAUUCGCCGUAACAUCAACCACUGCUGGCGCCGCUACGAUGGCUACAACCUGCAGAACACCGUGGUCAACAAAAAGGAGCAGCUGAAGAAGCCCUACGGCAUAUUGUGCAACUUCAAGUGCACCUGGUUCUUUACCGUCAGCUUCCCCACUUGCGAGUUCAUCUACGACUAUAAGUUAUCCUGCGUGCUGUUUACGUCACUGCCCGACUGCACCAGCGUCAAGUGUACGCUUUUGAACUACUUCGAGUAGCAUAAAUAGUGUACCUACCUAACUAAGCCUUUUUUUUUGAUAGCAUAAGUCUGAUUAAUACUAGAUUUUAUAUGGACCUGUAGACGAGAAAGUAUUAUUAAAUCAACGACUAAUU